UUUGCAAUGGCAGCCAGCAGCACAACAGUGUCAGUUCUCACUCCAAAUGGACGAAGGCAAACCGUAAAAGUGUCUCCAAACACACCAUUGCUUCAGGUCCUCGAAGAAGUCUGUAAGAAGCAUGGAUUUAAUCCAGAUGACCACGGACUAAAGUUUCAGAGGAAUGUGCUGGAUCUGACAAUGCAGUGGAGGUUUGCCAGCCUGCCAAAUAAUGCCAAGUUGGAGGUGGUGCCAUGCACCCGUCAGCGGGCUGGGGCAGAGAGCAUGGUCCGAAUUGCGCUGCAGUUGGAGGAUGGAUCUCGUCUCCAGGGUUCCUUCUCUAGUGGACAGAACCUGUGGGAACUCCUCGACCACUUUCCUCAGAGCAGGCUGUCGGAGCUCCAGGAGCCGGUCCAGGGUCCAGGACCUACGCCAGUCUGUGUGUACAUGAGAGAUGAGAUCAGCGGAGAGGAAGCUCUUAAGACGACCACCCUGAGGUCUCUCGGCCUGACUGGAGGCAGUGCCAUACUGAGGUAUGUACUGAAACGGAGUACCUCUCUUGGGCUGGGUGAGCCCAUGGAGACAGCUGCCACGCCCACUGAUGUGGUUCCUGCAGGGUCUGUCUCCCAGAUGUCUCCUCAGCACCUUGAGAUGCCCAGUGGGACUUCGAUGGCUGCAAACACCACGCUCCCCGAUAGGCCAUCCGAGCCGACGCCUGCCCCAGUACCCAUGGAAACCCCUAGUCCGCCCCCCCAAAGCGCUGAAGCUGCGGCCCACGCAUCCCAAGCCCUUCUUGUUGAACGGGAAGAGGCGGAGCGUUCUCAGGAGGAACAGCAAGUCGUGCGGCCCAAAACCAGGCAGGCUGGUAGCCGUGGACAACAAGAACCCAGGCCGGAACCUCGGUCGGAUGAGGAGCGACCAGGGCCAUCUCAGGAACACCACACCCACUUAGCCACGCCGUCUAACUUCGUGCCCUUCUCUGGUGGCGGGCAGCGUCUGGGAGGACCUGGGGAAGGUGUGACAGCGGAGCGCCCUUCAUCCUCACCAUCAUCCAUUUCAAGCAGUCCGCCGAAAGCCAAGAAGGCCAAAGCCAGCCAUGAAGCCCAGAGUUCGGCAAGUUCUAAAUGCGGAGCAAGGGAUUUAGAGGAAGGCGAGGAAUAUCUGGAGCCAGUGGAGAGGGAACCACUCAUCUAUCACCUGGACACGGCCACUCGUCGCCGUGACAACAACGAGGAGCUCACAGAUGAGUUCUUCGAGGUGACCGUGGAUGACGUGAGGAAGAGGUUUGCGCAGCUGAAGAGUGAGAGGAGGGCAUUGGAGGAGGCCCCUCUGAUGACUCAGGCUCUGAGGGAGGCUCAGAUGAAAGAGAAAAUGGACAGGUAUCCCAAGGUGGUCCUGAGAGUUCAGUUUCCUGACAGACGUGUCCUCCAGGGCUUUUUCCGACCGCUGGAGACAGUUGCAGCACUGAGACAGUUUGUCAAGAGCCAUCUACAGGAUCCUGAUCUUCAAUUCUACCUGUUCAUUGCUCCUCCUAAGACCAUCCUGGACAACCCCAACACUACUCUGUUUGAGGCCAGCCUCUUCCCCGCUGCCCUUGUGUACUUUGGCUCGGACGUGAAGACAGAGUGCUACCUGCGUGGCAGUCUCGUGGACAGCUGUGUCUCCGCCCUUCAGGCUGAUGAGCUCAUUGCUGGCUCCAUUCCCCGGUCUUCUUCAGCUCCCUCCUCCAGCUCCUUCCCUCCUGAACACUCUCUCCCAGGGGACACCGAGUCUGCCGAAUCCCCUGGCAACCUGCAGGACCCGGAGGAACCCGGAGGAACCCUCGAACCCACACCUACCAACCCUGCCAAGCUACCCAAAUGGUUGAAGCUGCCAGGUAAGAAGUAACGCCACUCGUGGACUCUGACGUCUCUGAAGAGGAACGAGGAAAAGCUUCAUCCACAGCAGAACCCGCAACCCCCCAGAUGAUGCUCAAGUAUACAGACAAUGUGUCCGAAUCACACUGAUCCCAGUGCAAACACAGGCAACUGCAUAGUUUUGCAAUGAAUGGUGAGAUUCUUUGAUAAUUAAAGCUGACAUGUCGGUUGCAAUCGC